CGUGCCGGGGCAAAGUCUGGCGGGGGGAGGGGUGCCGCUGGGAGCUCCGUGGGGAGAGGGUGCUGGAUGCUGGGGCUGUGCUGGUGCCCACCGGGGCGGUGACCCCCCUGGGCAGCCCUGCCGAGCCAUUUGCCACAGCCGGUGGGAAGAUGGCCAAGCGGCUACUGGUGGCCUACGGGCUGUGGGCACUGGGGGGGCCACUGGGGCUGCACCACAUCUACCUGGGCCGGGACAGCCACGCGCUGCUCUGGAUGCUGACGCUGGGCGGCUUCGGCGGCGGGUGGCUCUGGGAUUUCUGGCACCUUCCUGGCUGGGUGGCUGCUGCCAACGGGGCUGGGGUCCCCAGGGGUCCCCAGGGACCAGCCCCCAGCCCCCUGCGCCUGGUGGGGCAGGUGGUGGUGGGGAUGUAUUUUGGGCUGGCGGCGGCGCUGGGGCUGCCCUGGGUACCGGCACUGUUGGCACAGCCCCUGGCCGUGGGGCUGGGGGUGCAGCUGGUGUCCUCGGUGGGCGACCAGACGGCGGAGGCACCCAGCACCCUGGCUGCAGCCUUCCUCACCUCCCUCCUCUUCCAAGGCCGGGUGCUGGCGGUGCUGCCCACCAGCCUGGCCGCCAGCCUUGUUGCCCACCGGCACCGGCGUUACAAGCCCGGUGGGAUGCCACGGCCGCGGCUGGCGGCCCGGCUUUACCACCUAGGCUUGGCAUGCCUGGCCUUCGCCGCCCCGCUCGCCUGCCGUGGGCUCAGCAUCACCGCCGGGGUGCUGGGCACCAUCCUGGCUCUGCCCCGUGCCACCAUCGAGGUGCUGCUCCUGCCCCUCCGUGCCACCCGGCUCCUGGCAGAGAUCCUGGGCUUCACCGGUGGCUCCCCGGCACGGGAACGCGGUGCAGGAUUGGAACCCAGCAGCUGGAGCCAGCGGCAGCAGCAGGCGUAUGAGGUGCUGGGUCUCCCGGUGGGUUCCUCCGCCGAGGACGUGCACCGGAGCUACCGGGAGCUGGUGAAGGUUUGGCACCCGGAUCACAACCGGCACCGGGGCGAGGAGGCGGAGCGGCGCUUCAUCCAGCUUCAGGAAGCCUACGAGGAGCUGGUGGGACCCCGGAGGGCGGCGGGGGGGUGAUACCGCCCCGGGGACCCCCAGCCCGGGUGGCGAUGGUGAACACGAGGUUUGGCUCUU